GAAAUAAAAUUCUCUCGUUUUUUAUCAAUUGAGUUCAAAAUUUCUGAUCAAUUUUUUUAAACAUUAGACUUCAGAAUGAGCUGGGCGUGGGGGUAUGGGUCGAUAUAUGCACAAUAUCCUACGCAGAGUUGGACAAUUACGUGGAUUGCAGAGUACAAUAUUCGAAGUGUUGUAAGUCACGCGUACCAAUAAAAAACGAAUACCGGUGCAAAAGAAUAACUGAAACUUGUAAAUAAAUAAUAUAAUACACUUGUAAUUACAUAACAUAAUGAAGGUUAUUGAAAAAUUCGGAUAAUAAAUCGCCAAAAAUCUUUAAAAAAAUCUGAUAAUAACGAUCAAGUGAAAGUAUUGCGUUGUGUAGAGAUAAUACCUCAAUUGAACUGACAAGUUCUUAUUGGAAUGAUUACUCCUUCCGAGAUAUGCACGGCUACUGGAAAAUGUUAAACCUUUUCCAAAUUUAUGUCUCCAAGAAAUGGACAGAUCUGCGAGGAAAGUGUCCCGAAGAGGAUCGUCGAUCAAAAAUAAAUUUCAACAGAAUGUUCAUCGUGUCAAAUAUUCUUCUGCGAAAAGCGGCAGUAUCGGACCUUUACGAAGUUUUUCUAGAUACACACGAAAAAACAUACCAAAGUGCAAUUAUUUUCCUGACAAUUUCGGCAAUUAGUUUUUUCUGCUUACUAGGUCUGAUUAAUAAUUUCAUUCAUGAAUGGGAUCGUGAUAUGUAUAAGGCACUAGAAUCAAUGCCAAUGAUUUUAUCUGCAGUUCUUGCGUGGGUCGAAGGAGUAGUAUUGUGUGUAUCAUCGAAGAAAAUAAAAGGAUUACUGAAAAAAAUACAAAUUUUAUGGACCAGAGAAUUGAAGGACGACAUCGAUGAUAACAUUUUCGUCACUGCUGAAAGGAGUAUUUUCUUCACUGCAUUUUAUGCUAUUUUAAUCUUUGUCAUUGGGGGUCUCUAUCUCGUAGUGCCGCUUGUACGACUGGUCGGUACAUUCUGCACCACUGAUGAUGAUGUGUACACUUUUGAUUUCGAAAGGAGACUCUUGCCAAUACGAUAUCCAUUCAGGGUCGAUAAUAUAUUAAUGUACAUCACGUGCACAGCCUUUGAAGUUAUCAGUGUCUUCUUCCUUAUCAUUCAAUAUACCAGUGGUGACAUUCUUUUUUUCCAAUCGACUACAAUUCUAUCUUUACUAUUACAGGUUACAGGUAAAAAAUUCGCAGAGGUGACAGAAUGGGAUGAUGACAACAAAUUCAAUAGACCGUUACUUAAAAAAUUGAAUGAUAUCGGAAAACAACACAGCGAAUUACUCAAGUCUUGUCGAAUGAUUGAAGAAGUCUUCAAUCCAGUGAUACUCUUAAUGAUAAUAUGCUCCAGUGCGAAUCUGUGUGCUUGUGUUAUUGCCUUCGAAUCGAAAUUGUCAACCUUUGAAUUGGCUGACGCUGUUAUAUUGGUAAUUCACUUUAUCGCAAUGAUUUUGCAACCGCUAAUUUACUGCAACUCUGCUGAGAAUAUUUCUCACUGGACGCAAAAUAUAUAUCACACGAUCUACACUUGUCAGUGGCCAGAUCAGAAGAAAAAAUUCAAACAUAUUGUUUUCUUCAUAAUGAUGAGAUCACGACACAAUUAUAAAUUCAAAGCAUAUGGGCUCUGCGACGUGAAUCGACAUCUGUUUUAUCGGCUGGUGCGUACAGCCUACAAUAUCUUCGUUUUAUUAAGGAAAACAAAUACUUGACGAAAAAUCCUCAAGCUGCCCAUUAUGACCCCAACAAUUCUACAAUUUCUAUGACCGUCGAGAUAUUCAUCCGCGAUCUUUCCAGUUUCCAUUGUCAUCAUUUAUUUUGCAUAUUUAUUUUUUGAUGUAAAAAAAGAUAUGUGAAAGUA